UCUUCUUCUUCCGUUUCCAACCAUUCGAGUCCUAAGAUGGCGGACCGGCGGCGAAGGAGGAGGCGCGCGUCCCAGGACAGCGAGGAUGACGACGAGUCCGGGUCGGGUUCGGACAGCGGGAGGUCCGGGUCCCCGUCCUCGAAGCCCCGGGGACGGGAGCCCGACCCGGCGGAGCCGGCCGCGAGCCGGGUCCCGGCGAAGAGCGACGUGGAGUCCGAGUGUGAGAGUGAAGACGGCGUUGGAGAAGCCGUCCUCUCAGAUUACGACAGCGCCGACCCCGAGGACAACGGCUCGCAUUCAGAGGGAGUGGAGGAGGAAGAGGAAGCAGAGCAGUACAGCGACGAGGAAGCUCCAGCAGCAGCCAGCGAGCCCCAGCCCCCCACUACAGACGGGCCUGUGGAGGGAGCGCAGGGAGAGGAGGAGGAGGGCGGAGAAGCUGAGGAGGAAGAAGAGGCUGGAGGGCGGAGCAAAGAGGAGAGCAAAGCAGAGGAGAAGGGAAACCUAGCAGGAGAGCGACAGAGCGGAGACGGACAGGAGUCGACGGACGACCCGGAGACGAAGGCGGGGGGCAAACCGGGGCAGCAGCUGGACGACGACGAGGACAGGAAGAACCCGGCGUACAUCCCGAGGAAGGGUCUGUUCUUCGAACACGACGUCAGAGGGCACGCUCAGGAGGAGGAGAGGCCGAAAGGCAGAAACAGGAAGUUGUGGAAAGACGAGGGCCGCUGGGAGCACGACAAGUUCAGGGAGGAGGAGCAGGCGCCCAAGAGCCGCGAGGAGCUGAUCGCAAUCUAUGGUUACGACAUCCGAAACGGUGGCGGCCCCGGAGACCGAGGGUACAGACAGCGGAGGCCCAGACCGACUUCGUCUCCCAGCAGAGACAAACGGUGGCGAGAUGGAGGCGGCGAGCGGCCCGUCCGGUCCUGGCAGAACAGGGGAGGAGGUCUGAACCGAGGAGGAGCUCCUCCACCUUCAUCUGUCCACCCCUCCUCUUCGUCGCCAUCCUCUGCACAGCGAAGCGGCGUCCCCUCCAGACCGCCUCCCUCCCGUAGCAGACCACCCCAGAGUAACCUGCACCCCCCACCUUCGUCUCACUACAGGAACAAUGAAUCAAACGCACCCCUGGUGCACCACCGAGAGCGGCCGGGUCCUCGGGCUCAGGCGGAGCCUACAGGGGAAAGGGGAGGUGUCAGAGGAGGGCGAGGAGGUAGGGCGCCCUCUGUGGUCAUUGAGGACAUUACAGUCAGUCAGGGAGGGGCCACGGAGCAGGACUUGAGCGUUGGCGCCGUAACGCCGGCAGCGUCGCCACAGCCGGGCGGUUACCAGUCCACAUCGCCGAGACGCCAGCAGGAGCAGCGAGGCGGCACGGACAGAUCUGCAUCAGGAUUGGCCGCUUCCUCUUCCGGCUCCGACCCCUCCCUUCAGUCGGCAGCAGCGACCAAUCGGGAAGCUUCCCCUCCCGCCGAGCGGCCAGUGGAGCGCAAGUCUUACUCGCUGGCUCGCAGGACUCGCUCGCGUCCCGCAGACCUGGGCAGUAAACAGGCGUCUGUGGAGGAGUCCGUUGCCGGGGGCAACACCUCUUCUCCCAGCAACGUGGGGGGAAAGAGCUGGUCGGGUGGAGGCGACGCGCCGAGCCAGGCGGGAGGAGGUGUGACGGAGCUGGACCAGGACGUGGCUCGGCUCAAUCUGGCCAGGCAGAGCUGGAGCCCGACCUCGUACGUGCGGUCUGAGAUGAGAGGCCUUCCUAACCCCCUGCACAUGCCCAGCGGCCCGCCGCAGUUCUCCAGCAUCGAGGAGAUGGGUGUUGGCAACAACCGGGCCAAACGCUACUCUUCCCAGCGACAGAGAGCCGUGCCCGAGCCGGCGCCGCCCAUGCACCUGGGAGUGAUGGAGGGACACUACUAUGAGCCCAUGUCGUACCAGGGACCAAUCUAUGCCCACGGGGAUAGCCCCGCCCCCAUGCCGCCACAGGGCAUGCUGGUGCAGCCUGAGAUGCACAUCCCGCAUCCCGGUCUCCAUCCCCACCAAUCAGGAGGCCCCAUCGCUAACCCCGCCCUAUACGGAGGCCCACCAGUGUCUCUUUCACCAGGGCAACCACAGCAACUGCUGCCACCGCCUUUCUACCCUCCACCGGGGGUCAUGACCUUCCCCUACCCCACCAUGUACCCAAACCCACAGGGUCAGACCCAGGUGACCUACGGAGGCGUGACGUACUACGACACGGUGCAGCAGCAGGCCCAGCCCAAGCCUUCGCCCCCCCGCCGCACAUCCCAGCCCGUCACCGUCAAGCCCCCCCCUCCAGAGGUGCCCUUUGCCUCAGAGUGACUCUGCCCCUCACCCCUCCCUGCCACUCCAUCUCAGCCUCGCUCUGGUCCAAAAACUGUAGGAGCGAGGUGGGCGGGUCGGUGAGGAGCUGCGGUCCAAAAACAUCCACCAUGGUAAAGGAGGGAGGGCGGGAUGGAGACAGGCUCCGCCCACAGCAUCACUGGUGGAUUCAGACUUUCUCCCCUUUUUUUUGUUUUGUUUAGCCCGUGUAGCAGUCGGGCGGGUCGGCGGUUCGAUGCUGUAUCUUUGAGCAAAAUGGGACUGACGAGUUGACGAGGAGUCGACCUCGGCGCUGUCGGUGCUCUCAGAGUAUUUUUAUUUGUUUUCUGUUGAAUCUUGGAAACGGUUUUCUGCGUCAGGCGCUCCUCCUGCAGGAGGACGCGUCGUCGUCCAUCCGUCGCAGUUACAGAGUUUGAAGACAGCUCGGCUUGUUUUGGCUUCUGCUCAGUGCUCAUUCCUCUAACUUUAACGUGUAAUCAGCAGAUAAACAUGUAAUAAACGGUUAAUAACACUUUAUAAAGGUGCGGUAACUCACGUGGGCGCUCAGAGGUGCAGGUAGAGCAAAGAUCGCUUCCUCCGUGUUCGGACGGCCGUAGUUUAGCGAGACGUCGCGUGUGUUUCAGCGUUCAGUGAAACUGCAGUUCAAACUUUAAACGAGACUUCAAACCUGGAGGAAACAAAAACAGCUAGAAUCAAAUCCAGAGCUUCUCUCUGACAGCAUCACUGCAGCUAAACGCACUCAAACAUUCCUGAAUGUUUAUAAUCCGGAUAUUUUGCUGUGUUCCAUCACAGCAGUCUCACACGUGUGACGCAGACGCGUGAGACUCGUGAAUAAACUGAGUUUAGCGACUUGUUUCUGUUUAAACGGAUGGUUUUGACAUCUCUGAGUGUUUUUGAGCUUCAGGAAAAUAAUUCCAGCUUCUCGUUUUUCCUUAUUGUAAAGAUUCAAACUGCAGACCUGUGAUGGGGGCGGGGUUUAGGGUCCAGCAUUAAAAGAAGAGUUAUGUAUUUUGUGAUAAAUGAAGAGAAUAAUUAGCAGAUUAAACAUCAGAUAGUUUAAGUUGAAUUAAGCUGAACUUUCCUUCAUCCUUUAUGAAGGCCUCGAGUCCUGUAACGGCGCCGCGUCCCUUUAACGUGCGGCUGUCUGCCCUCCUGAGCGUACACGUGUCACUUCCUGUGGGUAGGUGGAGGCGGUUCGUGUUGCUGUGCAGGCGUACGUGUAAAUAGAAGCUGCAGAGUAGAAACAUAUUCUAAUAGGCAUAGAGGAGCUUCGGCAGGGACCUCGAGCGAAUCGAUGGAUGAUGGAGAGCGGCCGCGUGGGUUUGGUUUCCUCUGUUCUCACGUCUGUUUCUUUGGGUUUAUUAUCGUUGUUGUUGUUGUUGGGGGUGCGUGCCGCCUCGUCUCUUUGUUUUCUGCACGCAGGAAGCUCGAGCUAAAACUUGAUGAUGAACGCCAGGCUGUCAUGUUUCUGUUUGUUUGCGCUCCGUGUUCUGGGAGCUCGUGGUCGGACGUUAGCGUUCCUCCUCUCGUUAAACUCGGGGAGUUGUUUGACUGAUGGGUGAGGACAGAAGCGAGUUGCCGUUAGAAACGCCUGCCGUUCAGCCCGUUAGCAGGGUCGUCAGGAGAAAACAGGUUGAAUUUAACAGGAACAUUAAUCGUUCCUGAUCCCCGUGCUGAUGUUUGAUUGGGGGGAUUCCUCUGAUGGCGGGGCUCGGAUUCAGUGGGAGGAAGUCGGGGUUUUGGUGCUUGCAUCAGAAACGACACCGCUCUGAUCUUCGUUCACCUUCAUCGGAGGAGGAAGAGGAGGCCUUCGGCUGUGACGGUAGCUUCAGCUCCAACCGUUAAUGUCCACAGAUGUUUCAAUAAAGUUUAGAGACGUC